AUUUUGGGGCGAAAUGGGUAAAUCGUGUGGGUUUGCGGGGUGUGUGUCCGGUGAGUAGCACCGCCGCGCUGGUACCGUCCCCACCCAGGCCGUACUGCUAGUUCCAAGCCUCGGCGUUCCUCAGACGACUCCCGGACCCUCUCGGAGCCGAUCUACGGCAGAAACAGGCGGUUUUUACCGAGCCAGACCCGCCAGGAGCCCGCUGGAGCCAGCAGGGGCACACAGGCGCACGGCACGGCCGCCAGAACGGUCUCAAACCGCGACCAGAAGAGUAGGGCCCCCGGUAUUGGCUGGCGAAAACUGACAUCCCAUCCAGCAUGAACAAGAUGGCGUGCUGCCUAUCGGAGGAGGCAAAGGAGCAAAAACGGAUCAACCAGGAGAUCGAGAAACAGCUCAGAAAGGACAAGAGAGACGCUAGAAGAGAGCUCAAACUCCUACUGCUAGGUACGGGAGAAUCAGGCAAAAGCACCUUCAUCAAGCAGAUGAGAAUCAUCCACGGGGCGGGUUACUCAGACGAGGACAGACGAGGCUACACCAAGCUGGUGUACCAGAACAUCUUCAUGGCCAUGCACAGCAUGAUCCGCGCCAUGGACACUCUCAAGAUCGCCUACAAGAACAAGGAGAACGAGGAAAGGGCAGCGUUGAUCAGAUCAAUAGAACCUGAGUCUGUAUCUACGUUUGAGAAGGAAUAUGUGGAGGCCAUCCAGUCAUUAUGGGAGGACGCAGGCAUCCAGGAGUGUUACGACAGGAGGCGGGAAUAUCAGCUUACAGAUUCAGCAAAAUACUACUUGUCCGACCUAGACCGGAUUGCACAAAGCGACUACCUACCCACAGAACAGGACGUUUUGAGGGUUCGAGUCCCGACAACGGGAAUCAUCGAGUAUCCCUUCGACCUGGACAACGUCAUAUUCAGAAUGGUGGACGUGGGAGGUCAGAGGUCGGAGCGGCGGAAGUGGAUCCACUGUUUUGAGAACGUGACCUCCAUCAUGUUUCUGGUCGCCUUAAGUGAAUAUGAUCAAGUUUUGGUAGAGUCCGACAACGAGAACCGUAUGGAGGAGAGUAAAGCGCUGUUCAGGACGAUAAUCACGUACCCUUGGUUCCAAAACUCCUCCGUCAUCCUCUUCCUCAACAAGAAGGACCUUUUGGAGGAGAAGAUUAUGUACUCACACCUAGUAGACUACUUUCCAGAAUUCGAUGGUAAGUUUUGUGUGUGUGUGUGU